AGGAUCUGUGGUGGGAUGACAAUCCCCAGAAUGCACGCCGCCGCCGCCGCCGCCCGUUAUUUCCGGCUGAGGUCAUUUCCUGUUAUCGGGGGUGUUGACGCUUGUCGCUUUAUUCCCCCCCAUAUCUCCGCUUCGAUGUAUUCACGGCGGCCGCAAGAUUUCAGCGACGGACUGGGCGGCCGAGGUUGUGAGGAUGUGUCGGCGGUGGGUGGACACGCCGCCUCGGCAAGGGCAUGGGAUUGCAAUGACCCUUGGGCGACGGAGAGCCGGUUCCGGGCCCCGGUAGUCGGGCCUUGGGGAGAGAGAGCGGCGGCGGCGACUCCACCCCCAGCCCCAGCCCCACCUGGCACUGCGGGGGUGGCUGCCCCAGAAAACGCGGCGGGAUCCUCUGAUCAGUUAAACAGAUUUGCAGGAUUUGGCAUUGGUCUUGCAAGUCUCUUCACAGAAAAUGUUUUGGCACAUCCCUGUAUUGUUUUUCGGCGGCAGUGUCAGGUCAAUUAUCAUGCAAAAAAUUAUCAUCUUACUCCUUUCACCGUUGUUAACAUAAUGUACAAUUUCAGCAAAACCCAGGGUUUAAAAGGAUUAUGGAAAGGGAUGGGCAGUACGUUUAUUGUUCAAGGAGUAGCUUUGGGUACUGAAGGCGUCAUAAGUGAAUUUGCACGUCUUCCUAGAGAGGUUUCACAUAAAUGGAGUCCAAAACAAAUUGUUGGUCAUCUUGUACUCAAAGGGUUGACAUGUGCUGUGGCAAUGCCUUUUUACUCGGCUAGUUUAAUCGAAACUGUGCAGAGCGAGAUUAUUCGAGACAAUCCAGGAAUAUUUGAUUGCGUGAAGGAAGGUGUAUGCAGACUGGUGGGAAUGGGUGUCCCACACAGCAAGCGCCUGCUUCCUCUUGGAGUCUUAAUCUUUCCAACUGUCUUGCAUGGAGUGCUCCAUUACAUCAUCAGUGCCAUCAUUCAGAAGUUAAUUCUAUUUUUUCUACGGAGGAAGGCAUCACAUCAGUGCCCAGCUGAUGCUUCCAGUUCCAUACAGACUGUGCUGGACGCUUAUUUCCCUGAACUUUUUGCUGCUUUUGUUGCUAAUCUUUGUGCUGAUGUUAUAGUUUAUCCAUUGGAAACUGUACUUCACCGCCUUCACAUUCAAGGAACACGCACCAUCAUUGAUAACACAGACCAUGGAUAUGAAGUUCUUCCUAUUAACACCCAGUAUGAAGGAAUGAAAGACUGCAUUAAUGUAAUCAAGAAAGUAGAAGGCAUAUUUGGCUUCUAUAAGGGUUUUGGGGCAGUUCUUGUCCAGUACACAUUGCAUGCUGCUGUACUGCAGAUUACUAGAAUAAUAUAUUCGACAUGGUUGCAAAAUACCACUUAAUCCAGGAGUUUAAGAUGUCAUUGGUAAAUAACCAAUAGUCAUGAAGAACAAGUUAUUAAUUUCCUAUGGUGUAUGUUAGAAGCACUAAUAAAAUGCACUCUGUAACUAUUUAAACUA